CGAGUUUCGGAGACUCAACUGUAAAUUUUAGAUAUUUAUAGAAAAACAUUUAUGAUUUAUGAAUACGAAUAUCAUAAUAGCUCUAUCAGCUUUGGUACUAUUGAGCGGUCAAGAUUUUCCUCUAACACCCUUUAAAAUUGUCAAACACCCUCAACUCAACUCAAGUCUUUCCUCAUAUGUCAGUUUUUACCCUCUCUCUAUACGACUCUUUCUCGUUGUUUUCUAGGGUUUUUGCUCAGAUAGAUGGUCAUGGAUGGGCUAUGGAAAGCGGAUUAUCGGCUAUCGAACUUGAACGCCACCAAAUUCAAUGGAUCUGCCACAGUUCUAUCAGAUCAGAAGUUUCUUAACGCCAUGAGUCUCAACGAAACAUUUCUAGAUCGAAAUUCUACUACUCAUACUCCCGAGUUGCCUGAUCUGGGCCUUAGAAGAUCCAGUCCUUCUUCUAGCUCAAACAAUGAAGGGGACCUUCAUGAAGAUUUUGACCUUAGCGACGUAGUUUUCAAGUACAUAAACCAGAUGCUGAUGGAAGAAGACAUAGAGGAGAAGACUUGCAUGCUUCACGAGUCUGCUGCUCUUCAAGCUGCAGAGAAAUCAUUUUAUGAUGCUCUUAUGGUAAACGACCCUCCUUUCUGUAGCCCCCAUCCUACAGUACCUCUGUAUGAUAAUGAUGGCAGGGAGGAGAUUACCUUAACGGACUACAAUUCUUUCAUAAGUGGUACAAGUAGUCUUAGUUGUGAUGUUAGUGAUUACGAUUCCCCUCUAGUCCCAAGUGUUUCUGUCAAUCUUGAUUCACAAUCCAGAUCUCAAUCAUCUUACUGCUCAUCAAGCUGUAAUAGUAAUGGCAUCGACGGUUUUACGGAUUCGCCCCUAAGUAUCCAAAGUGUUUCUGAUAUACUUGGCAGUAGCAGAUCUGCUAUGCAGUUUCAAAAUGAUAUUGCAGGAUUGAGUAGGUUCCUUCUCAGCAAUGAAAACAAGGAAGAAGCUAAUGAUUUGGUUAUCAAAGCAGAGAAUAAACAUGAAAUCAAUUCCAUUUCCAUCCCUGAAAGAACAAGAGGAAAGAAAAAUCCUUACCCCAAAGAUGUUGAUGAUGAUGGGAGGACUUCCAAGCAAUCUGCAGUUUACACCGAGCCAACUGUUCGAUCCAAAAUGUUUGAUGAUGUUCUACUUUGUAAUGGAGGAAAAAACCAUCUUCAUUGUGAUGUUGUCCCUAAUGGGGUGAAUGGAGUGCAACAAAAGGGUAAUGGGGGAAAAGGUGGUCGUGGUAAAAAAGGUGUGAAAAAAGAUGUAGUGGAUUUGAGAACACUGUUGAGCUUAUGUGCCCAAGCUAUUGCAGCAAACGAUCAAAGAAGUGCAGUUGAUCUACUGAAACAGAUAAGAGACAAUUCAUCACCAACAGGUGAUGGAAUGCAAAGAUUAGCUCAUUACUUCUCAAUUGGUCUUGAAGCACGAAUGGCUGGAUCAGGUACUGAAAUCUACAAAACACUCCUUUUCAGACCAACAUCAGCUGUAGAUGUGUUGAAAGCUUACCAUUUAUACCUCAGUUGUUGCCCUUUCAUAAAGAUCUCAAAUUUCUUCUCUAACAAGACAAUCUUGCAUACUACCCAAAACAAAAGAAAGGUUCAUAUAGUCGAUUUUGGCAUUCUUUAUGGCUUCCAAUGGCCUUGCUUCAUACAACGUCUUUCAACCAGACCUGGUGGGCCCCCCGAGCUUCGAAUCACCGGGAUCGACUUCCCGUGUCCCGGGUUUCGACCCUCACAACGGGUCGAGGAAACGGGUCGCAGGCUAGCGAAUUAUGCGGAAACUUUCAAUGUCCCUUUCAAAUUCAAAGCCAUAGCUCAAAAAUGGGAAACGAUCACAAUCGAGGAUCUUGAAUUGGAUACUGAGGAAACCCUAAUUGUGAAUUGUGCGUAUAGGUUUAGAUAUCUUCUUGAUGAGACAGUGAUGGUGGAUAGUCCAAGGAAUAAAGUUGUGAACUUGAUUAGGAAAAUGAAACCGGAUAUGUUUAUACAAGGGGUGGUGAACGGGUCCUACAAUGCUCCCUUUUUUAUAACAAGAUUCAGAGAAGCUUUGUUUUUCUUCUCUUCUUUGUUUGAUAUGAUUGAGGCUAGUGUGGGGCGUGAGGUUCUUGAGAGGAUGCUGAUUGAGAAAGGGAUAUGGGGACAAGAAGCCAUGAAUGUGAUUGCUUGUGAAGGUGGUGAGAGGAUUGCUAGACCUGAAACUUAUAAACAGUGGCAGGUUAGGAAUAUGAGAGCUGGAUUCAGGCAACUCCCAUUAAAUCAAGAAAUCUUGAAGAUGGCUAUGGAAAGGGCAAGGUCACGUUACCAUAGAGAUUUUGGGAUUGAUGAAGAUGGACAUUGGAUGUUGCAAGGAUGGAAAGGAAGGAUUAUGGUUGCAUUAUCUUGUUGGAAGCCUGUUUAAUUUCUAACCAUGUCAUGUGUUUUUACUUCCUUCAAUGGAAGAAAGAAAGAGAAGAAGAAGAUGAAGAUCAAGCACGGGAUGCUGAAUGCUGGAUGGAUGCGAUGCUUCUCUUGGCUAAGUUUAAAAAGCCAUGUCUGCUUCUGAAUGUUGGAACAGUGACAAAUGAAGCAUCCAGAUGUUACAGGAACGUGUUGUACGAAUGGUAUGCAGUGUAA